AUGACCUUCCAAGCAAUCUGCCAAACCAGAUCGCCGCAAGAAGUCGAGCGCAUCCUCUCAACAACUCAACCAACGGCCCAAAUCCUAAAUUUCGGCCUAGAAGCCGCUCUAACCGGCUCCAACAUCCCCGUCGCCCAAUAUCUUCUCUCCCACCACGCCCCAAUCACCCCAUCAACAGCGGAAAAAAUCCUCCACACCACCAACCCCACACUAACAGACCGCCAAAUCGCCCUCUUCACCCUCCUCUCCCAACAUGGCUGGACCCCAAACUCAUCAGGAAGCACCGGCGCCCCCCUGCUACCCAAAGUCGCCGCCUCCAGCACAGCCCUACUACGCUGGUUUCUCACGCACGGGGCCAAUCCCAACUUCGGCAUCCAGCGCCUCAGCACCUCAGCCGGCGCAACGGAUCAAUUGAGUUACGAGUCAUGCGCGGCUUUAGAGUCCGCCUCCGCAAAAGGCGAUCUCGAAGCCGUACAGAUGCUCUUUGACGCCGGCGCCGAAAUUCGCUACGGGUAUCCGCUUCACUAUGCAGCGGGUGCGCUGCCGGCACCUGGAUCCAGCGUUCGGCCGGAAGUAUUCGACGCGGAUCGUAUUCCUAUUAUGCAGCUUUUAAUUGAGCGCGGCGCGGCCGUUAAUCAGAAAGGCGAGACGGAGCUUGUGGCGCAUCAUCCGAUUAUGUAUGCUGUUAUGGCUGGUGCGGUGCAGAGGGUGCGGUGGUUGUUGGAGCGGGGGGCGGAUCCCGAGGCGAGGGGUUCUUGGGGGAGUGCGGUGGAGACGGCGUUUGUUAUGGGGAGUGAGGAGAUGAAGGCGGUUAUGGAGGUGGGGAUUCGGGCGAGGAGGUUUGGUGGCGAGGCGAGUUUUGCGGGGGAAGUGCUUGCUAUCCGGCCUAAGCCGAGUAUUGGGUAG